AUGAGGCCCAAGGAAGGCAUAAAAAUGAAGGUUGACGUUGUGGAUCCACCAGGAAAGGUGGUGAAGCUGGGAAACGUCUGCAUUGGACAGACGGUGAAGAAGAUGGUCACCGUAGCCAACAAGAGUGCAGCCCCUCUCACCUUUAAGCUGAGGGUCACGUCCACCGUGCCAGAGUUGCAGGAAGCUGGGGUUCUGUGCUUGAAGCCCAGCAAGGAUCUAAAGCUGAAGGGCAGAGGAGACACCUGCAAAGUGGAGGUGACCUUCUCCCCGAAGCGCCGCAUGCAGCCGUUCAGCGGGGAAGUGCUGCUGGAGUGCCGCGGGCUGGUGCGCUCCCUCUGUGUGGUGCGGGGCUCCUGCCAGGGCAGCCUCGUGAGCCUGGACCAGGACCAGCUCAGCUUUGGAGCCGUGGUGCAGCAGAGCUACACGUGCCGGCGCGUCGUCAUGCGGAACGCGGGCGACACGAGAGUCAGGUUUAUGUGGACGUGGAGAGCUUCAAGCCAGACUUUUCCAUCAGCCCCACAAAGGCUGAGCCAGGCUGUCCAGUACGAGGGGCUGCGGUGCUUCAUCCAGGGCAGUGAGGCGCUGCGGCUUACGCUGGCAGGAUCCUGCGUGGAGGCCCCUGGCCCAAAGAGGUAA